AUGAUAGGCGCCGAAAAAGGACCCAGUAGUUUGGGUUUCUACACCUCACGCGCAAUCAACUUAGGUGGCUUACUCGAAAAAAUUCCCGCAAACACGGCUCACGAAAGUUCGUCUCUUCAACGAGCAAUCAAGGCUCGAAGCCGGCAGAAGCGUCUCAGCAUGUGGGUUCGUCUUCGUGGGGAGAUCACAAUGAACGAGGCCAUUCAAACUACUCUAUGCCUCUUAUCACCGGCCAAUCCAACAGGGGAACAUUCCAAACACACCAGGAAUUUGCCUUUAUCCUCCUCGCAGAUUCCGAGGCGUGGUCCCGAUA